AUGUCGUGGGCAGCUCUCCAGGCAGCCGUCGUUGCAGGUAGUGCGUCUGCGGAGGCUGUCGCCAAGAGGUGCAUGCGAGCGGGUGACACGGACCUAGAGCGCGAGCAGGCCCUUACGAACAUAUACCACAACGACGUGCUGCCAGACUCAGUGCGCGCCCUACUUGCUCAACAUAUGCAGUCGCAAGGCGAUGCUGCAGGUGGUGGUCAGGACACGGCGGAGGCCUCGGCCAUCGAUGGUGGAGCGCCUGCGGAAGACACUUCCCCUAGCUGCUCGGCGGACGCGCAGCUGGCAGCCAACGUGCAGCCCAUCGGUCAGGCCCAAGUGCAGGCCGUGGGGGAGGUAUCGUCUGCUCUCGAACCAGCUGCGAGCGCCCCUGUGGGCGAAACUGUCGCAGCGCAACAUGUAGCAGUACCACUGACCGCUGAGCCGCACGGAGAAGCUGCUGCUGCCGAGGUGUCAGCACCUUCGAAGCACAGCGCUACGGCGUCUACAACAACUUCCCCGUACCACACGCCCCGGCACCUCAGCCCUGACAUGCGGAUCGCCUGUUACCAAGGCUUGGUGAAUGAUACAGAACUCGGCUCGCCCGCGGCGAAGCGUUCCAGAGAUGCCGAGCGUAGCAGCGACCCUGCGGGCAACACUGCAAGCGGCACCCACCCCAACAACGAAGACGGCAAUAGUGCACCCGAGGGCAGCGGGGCAGCACUUGCCAACGCCACAACUGACGCCACGGGAGACGCAGCCCCGACGUGCUGCAUCUGUCAGGAACCCAUCCUGCCUGGGGCGGAAGGGCAGUGCGGAGCUUGUCUAGUCAGGAUGCAUGCAGCCUGCCUUGUCGCCACGACCGCGGACCGCACAGACUGCCCCGCGUGCCGGGCCGAUCUCCACGCCUGUGGGUAUUUGGUCGGGGGCAGAACGAUCCGACCCGUGGCCGCCGAGGUCGUCCCACCACCGCCGCCGACGAGACCCAAGGGCCAGGGGAAAGGCAAGCAGACGCAGCCAUCCGCCGCAGAAUACGAAGUCGUGGAAUCACCACCUAUACAGAUAACGAACGCCGAGCGCCUCGCCCACACGCAGUUCGGGAGGAGAAAGAUCUGGGGUGCGAUGGACGCCCUUACAUUGGUGCAUUACAUCAAGCUUCGGGCCUCCCGCACGCGAGAGGAAGGCCAUGUCAUCUACACCAUGGACUACUACAGGCUCAGCGACCUGUCGCGUGAGCUCGCCCUGGACACGCGGCUCUACAGUGGCGAGAAGGACAGCGCAAGCCUCCCCACGAGCAUCGCCGCCGAGCGCGCUAAAGGGGUGCCCGAUUGCCUCCUCGGCCGCUCCGUGCUGCAGCUGCCCAAGGUGUGCCGAUUCCUCUUCUUCGUGGACAGCCCGACUGUCGUCCUCGAGCAUGACCUCAUGGUGUCGCACCUGCGCGCGGCGCUCACGGAGGCUGUCGCCCCUGGCAUCCCCUGCCGGGAGCUGCAGGAAUAUGUGCAGUCGCCUGCCAGCAUCGAGUCUACGCGUGCUUCCCUCGCCGCGCAGACGGGCGCCGACGUAACGCAGGUCAAGGCCCUCUACAACGCAACAGGCUACGGAUCGCGCGGGUAUGCCUUCGAGGAAGCCACUGGCCAGCCAGUCCCUGCGCAGGUCGUCGCGGUGCGGGACACGAUGGAACGGAUGGCCGACGCGCUCUACGCGGAGGCCACACCAGAGCAGCGCGCGGAGUGCGACAAGCGCAAAAGGAAAACCACGUACUUGUCCUUGAAGCUGCAGGUGAAGGAGCGGUCCUGGGUCGCACGCACCGCCGCGCUUCGCAGCGAGGGCAUCCUCAUCAAGUCGUCGUCCCUCUGCCGCACGGUGGAGGAAUACAAGGCCUUCGUCGGGGAGCAGGACUGGACGCCGCUGUCGCCAGAGGAGAUUGCCGCGCACGCCUGCGGCAUCCAAGCCAUGGCAUGGCUGAAGUCCAAGGUCAACGACAGCCUCCGGGGGGGCAGGCCCUUGUCCCUAUUUGCCAAGGCCGUGGCUCCGCACCUCGACUACAGCUACUCGGGCAAGACGUGCGAGUUCUACGACGAGCAGCGUGGCGUGUGGAUCACGGAGGGCGCGGAUGGGAAGCUCAAGGAGCAGAUGGAGAGGGCGCUGAUCGAGAGGCUGGCAUCGUACAAGAUCGUGCCUGUCUUCAAGGAAAACAAAGUCAAAUAUUCACCCGUGGCAGAACCCACCGACCUCUUCUUGCUGGAUCCCAAUGUGCAGACUAGCAUCUUCUCGUGCUUACAGGGUGUGCCGUCGAGAUUCGCUGCUGUGGCGCUCGACACACAUAACCAUGGGCUCAUGACCUUCAGGAAUCGCGUCACCCUCGACUUUCGCAGGCCGUACGCGGAGCAGGUCCGGGCCCCCACGGCUGCAGAUCGAAACACGCGCCAAAGCCCGAGUGAUUUCGUGCAGUGCGAGGACGAGCAAGUCAGGACAGCAGGCCAGGCGAUAGCCGCGUGGUUGCUCCGGUGCGACAACGCACCCAGCACCACGACAGAAGAAGUCGCCGCCCACUGCGUGCCUGUGCUACUCGACAUGAUGAGGCGGGGCGGCGGCCUCAUGUUCCGACACGUUUACUACGAACCUGCUGGGGGGCAGCUGGACGGCUCCGCACCAGAAGAUAAGAUCAUGGAGGCCUUGUACUCUCUCCGCCAGGACGUGGGCGCGUCUACAGGCUUGCGCGCGGGUCUCGAGGAGAUGCUCAUCGAGUGGGGGCUUGCGGGGAACAACGGAAAAUGCCAAAAAAAGAGCGUACGAGAGCUCGCGUGUGGCACGUACCAGCUCGGCAGUGACACGAGCAACGGCUACAUCGCCGUCUGCAACAGCAAGAUGCUCGUGGCCUCGGGUGACAAAAACCAGGACGACAUCUAUAAGGCCAAGGGCUGUCGCGAGGCUGUCAUCGACGAAAUCAAGAAGAGUGAGAAACUGUGCAACAACACCUGCAAGCAAUGCACCGGCGGCGGCGUAAUUAGCGCCAUGGCCAAGUACAAAGCGGGCCGGGACGUCGAUACAAACUGGCUCCUCCGCAUGAUCCUCAACGACUUUCCUUCCUUCGACGAGCCCUUGGGCGAGGCCGACCAGCGCCGCUUCGCGCUCAUCUACUACGGGUGCACGUUCAGGACACCAGGCGACGAGAUCCUCCCGUACGAGGUGGGCAAUCCCACGCACCGGGUGCUGGUGCCGCGCGCCCACAUGCUGCCAGGCUUCGCCAUCGAGUACAUCGAGUGGUGCCGCCUGCUCGGCAUCGCCACCAAGGCCGGCACUUCCAAUAGCAAGCGCAUGUGGCCCAAGCCCGCCAGCUACGUCGAGGAGCUGAAGAAUGCGCUCGAGCUGGAGGCAAAUCCCUACGCGGGAAAGUGGGCCGAGCUCGUGGAGCGGAUCGUGCCCUUUACCCCAGGCGGGGGUGGCCAGAAACCAGCUUCGCAAAAGGAGAUACAUGACGCCUUCGCAGACUUCGUCGGCGGCAUCAACACGCAGAGCCAGCCGCAGAUGAAACCGAUUGUCGCCUUCAUCAAGAGCAAGCUGGAAGAGCGUGGCACCCCCUGGAAAGCACCGGGUGGCCGCGCGGCCCGUGACCAGGUCCGCGUGUCUCAGAUGAUGGACCAGCACGGCAUGAAGCGGAUUGCUACGCUCCGCGCGUGA